UACCUCUUGUCUAGGUUGCGGAGGUGGGGUGAUUGGAAUAGGCAGCAGCUUCGGAAUCUCGAUUGUGGGGGUGGCCGCUCACCCGGAGUCAGCUGCCCGGGAUGCUCUGCCUUGGGGAACAGCCAGGCUGACGGAGGGAGGAAAGGAAGGAGGUAGAGUUAGUGAGCGUGACGAGGUGACAGCGGAGACCAGCCCGGGCGGGGACCGGGACUGGAAGAGCUCGAGGACUCGGCGGCUGGACCGCGGGGAGGGGGUUGGGAGAGGGUGGGGGAGCGCAGAGACCAAGGCGUCCGGGAUCUGGGGAGUCUUAAAGGCUCAGGCCGUAACUGACUAGGAACAGGAGGGUCUGGUUUAGCGUGAGGGAGGCCACUAGAGCCUGCAGACCGGAAACGGAGAGGAACUGGGAAUUUAGGGAAAGAUUUUCUGGUGUAAAGUGUCUGAGGGAGUGUGGGCAGGUUGGUGUGAAGUCUUUAAAAAGUGUGGAUCGGUUGUUGUGAGGUGUCUUAAAGGAGAGUGGACAGGUUGGUGUGAAGUGUCAGGGAAGCUAGGACAGCCCAGUGGGGAGAGACUUCGAGGACGAUCAGUGGGGAGGGGAAAGGGUCUGUGUAAGGUAAGGAGCGUGGUGUGGAAAAGUCGAUCUAAGGGGCUUGGAAUUGGGGGAGGGAGACACGGAAGUGAACAGUGAAGGGAAGAACCCCAGCGGGGUUGGUGGAAGUGGUGGAAGGAAGGAAAUUGGGCGGAAGACUUUGAAGGCUUUUAGCAAGUGUAAAAACUGGUGGCAAAGGAAAUUUUGGGGGCUGUAUAAAGUGUUUGGGUUUCGGGCCGGAAUGCGGACCCAGAAGCUGGUGAGGUUGGCGGUGCUGCAACAUCUCCGAACCACUUAUGGUAUAAGGAUCAAGAACUCUCGAGGGGAGGUAGAAUUCGACCGGCGGGAGUCAGCAAAUGAAGCAAAGGGAAAACUAUUUGGAGUACCGAUUUCUGAACUACCCCAAUCAUUUGUUCCAGGAUUUGGAAAUAUUCCAAGCUUUCUUGUUGAUGCUUGCACAUGUUUGGAAAAGUUUGCUUAUGUUGAGGGGCUUUUUAGGAAAUCUGGAUCAUGUGUCCGUCUGAAAGCAUUGAAGAGCAAAUUGGAUUGUGGUGAAACGUGUCUAGAUGAUGCACUUUCGUGUGAUAUCUCAGGACUUCUUAAGCAAUUUUUUAGGGAGUUGCCACAACCCAUCCUUCCAGUUGAUUUGCAAGAAGCUCUUAUCAAAGCCCAACAAUUGGAAACAGAGAAGAAUACUGCUACAAUAUUGAUCUCUUGUCUUAUGCCUAACAAUAUAAUUUCCAUAUUACGAUACUUCUUUAACUUUCUCAUGAAUAUUUCUCUUAGAGCUGAUGAAAAUAUGAUGGAUAGUGGUAAUCUUGCGGUAAUACUUGCUCCAAACCUCUUUCAGUCAAGUGAUGGGCAGGAAAAAAUGUCAGCCAACACAGAAAAAAAGCUUCGACUUCAAGUUGCAGUAAUAAAGACCUUUAUUGAUAAUGCAACUGCUAUUGGAGGUGUGCCAGAGUUUAUCUUAGAAAAGGUUCCAGUCAUGUUAGGUCUUGAUGGCUCCUGUUCCUCCCAAGCACCAGAGGACUAUGAAGAAAGUGAAUAUGAAUCUUCUAUUGCGCAUAAGAGAAAAAGAAGAAAGAGUAUAGGCUAUUUCGUUAGUGGAGCACUGAAUAAGCUUAAAUCUAACAGAACGCCCUCCUCUACACCUCAGCGAGAGAAAAUUGCUUUGCAAUCAGUGACACCAGUGUUUGUUACACCUAAUACAAAACGAAAACUACCAAUGGAUUCUUCACAUGACUGUUCAAGCAAAAAAAGGAAGUCUAUUCUAGACAGUUUCAACAUUGAGUUCUUACCAAGUAGUCUCUUCCAUGGUGUUUCAACACCUGCAUCAGUUCAAUUUGUAGAAAGUCCUGGCACAUCUUCUCAGAAUUCAGCCUCCCCCAUAGCUGUCAGUGGAAAUCUGUCCAAUACAAGUGUUCAGAGGCGAAGUAAAAGGAUUGCAAGCAAAAAAGUAUGCAGGGUGGAAUCAGGGAAAGCAGGUUGCUUCUCCCCUAAGAUAAGUCGUAAAGAAAAGCUCCGAAGAUCCCUUCGUCUUAAGUUUAGUCUGAAGAAAAAUAGCAGAGAUGUAAACAGAUGUUCUGGAAUGACAAGAUAUGAACAUGUUGGACGACGACUUGCAAGUCAACAAGAUUUUAAAAAUAGGAUUCAGUCUGUAAAAACUGGACUCCUUUUCAGCCCAGAUGUUGAUGAAAGAUUAACAAAGAAAGGGUCAAAGCAUAUCAGCAAAUCUGAGGAAAAUUUGCUAACUCCAGAACAAACAGAUGGUGUGAAUUACCACAUGUCUUGGACUAGACCUAAUAAUACCAGUUUUCAAGAAAUUAGUACAAAUGAGACAUCACUUCUUGUGGGAACUUUUGACAAGGAAAGCAAUCCUUCUGGACCUGUUCAUAUGGUUGAAAUGUCACCUGAAUUUUCCUGUGAAGUCACAGAUAUUAAUAUAAAUGAUCAGCAUGAAAAUAGCCCAACUGAGAACUCAAUAAAUGGAGAUGAAAAUAAUUUAACCACAGAAACUUUAGUGAAAGUGCAGAAAGCAUUUUCUGAAUCUGGAAGUAACCUUAAUACUUUGAUAAGUGACAAACCUACAUCAGAAUAUGAUUCAAGGAAAGAAAACUUAAAUGAAAUAUCCAGUGUAGAAUUUAUCUCAGAGGAAAAUAUAUUUGAAGCUAAAGACUAUGAUGAAGUGACAAUGAUAUCUAAGGAAAAACAUGAUGAAAAUCAUAACAAUAAAGAGGAUUCCAUUGUUUUAGAAAGAAACUUUUUAUUUGAUCAAAUUCAAAAUCAGGUAAAAGACACAACUAUGGAAUCUCAUACUGUUCAGAAAACAAUUAAGUCAGAUGAAAGUCGUCAUUUAAAUACUUCCUUGGACUAUUUAAAUGAGCAAGAAUUUCCCAGUAAUGACAAAACAAAUAAAGAACUCCCUGUAGUAAAAGAAAUCAUUACAAUACAAGAGAUUAAAACUAGUAUUAAAGAAAAUGAAGCAAAUUGCUCUAAUUCUAAGGAAGUUGUUACUAAAUCUUUAGGGCAUAUAUCAAAGUUACAAAAGCCUAGGAACAUAAGAAGGGUUAAGCAGCAGUCAUUGGUCCAAACUUGUGAUAAAACUCUUUCAGGAGAUUUUCAAAUGUCAGAACAUGGAAAGGUUUCAGACCACAUACAUUGGUUUAACAAACUUUCAUUAAAUGAUUCGAGGACUGAAAGCAAAGUUAAGUCACCUCUAAAAUUUCAGCGUACUCCUGUUCGUCAGUCUGUCAGAAGGAUAAAUUCCUUAAUAGAGGUGUAUAGACAACCGGAGAGGUACAUAUCAAUCGGCUCUAAAGAGAUGCCUUCCCCAUUGGUUAAAUCUGUGAGCUGUGAUGGUGCGCUUUCCUCUCAUACAGAAAAUACAUCAAGUACUUCCUCUGCUGCUCUUUGUUAUUUAGAUCAUAAUAAGCAAGAGCAAAAGUCUAUGUCAAUUGACCAGUCAAGCACAGAGCCAACUUCAAAAUCAAGCAUGGAAUUAUCUUCUAAAUCUUACUCAGUGGUGAGGAAACUCUCUGACUCAUGGAAUACUUCUGUGAGACCUUCAAGAGUUUGCAAACAGAAGGUGAUACUUGGUAGCCAAAUAAAGCCAGUCUUGGAUGACCUAACUAAUCAUGAAUCAUUAAAAUCUGUUGUAAAUACAAGUACUACUUUUUCUGUUGGUACACAAGAAAAGAAUGUUGUCAGAAAGACAUCAGGAAGAGAAAGGGUUUGGUAUAAAGGUUCUCCAAAGAAUCCCAUAGCAAAGGUUCAGCUACUGCCAACAACUAAGCCUCUGGAAUUGUAGUUAAAGAACAUUUUUUUCUUGAUUUAAUAAUGUAUAUAGGAUUAAGAUUCUGGUGCUUGGAAUGUAGUCUAUAUCCUUGCAAGUUUGUAGCUCAGGUUGACUAUUAGUUUUUCCUGGAUAUUUUAAAAUUUCAGUGACAAAUGUCUUCGGUUUUUAUGCUUGUACAAAUUUAACUGCCCUAAUUUUCUCAGAUAUGCCCUUUGGGGAUUUAAAUUUUAUCAUGACUUCUUAGAGAUUAAUUUACUUUUAAAAAAUUCUGACUAGAGUUAUAAAAGUUGUUGGAAUUUUUUUUUAAGAUAACUUUUUCAUAAAUGGCUUUAAAAAUGACAGGAAGACUAGGCCAUUGCCAAUUUUAAUUCUUAAGUUAGAUAAAAUUUCAGCAAACUUAGAUAUAACAAGGAAAUAAAUUAAUUUUAUUUUUGUCUUAUUUGAUUCAUUAUAUUGUUAAUGUUUGUGAAAAGUUUCAUUUGAUACCUUUACUAUUGAUACAGCAUGCUUAAAAUUUCUCUUGUGUUUUAAAAAAUGUUCCAACAUCAUAUAUAUUUAACGACAAGUGGAUUCUGCUAUGCGUGGACCUUUAUAACGUGUUCAAAUCUUUCUGAGUUAUUUGGUGAUGUCUAAAUCAGGCCAAUGUACUAUGAUUAUAAGGCAGAAAGAAUUAAUGACUUUUAAGCCAUACUGUAUGUUUAAAGUUAAUUUGCACAGACAUGUUUGUAUCUGUUAUCUUGUCUUAUUUUGUAAUUAAAAGUAUUUAAGAAAGAAGAGUAAAACUUGAAGCAACUUUGA